AUGAGCUCUAGGGAAACCUCUUGGGGUCUCUCUUCGGAGGAAGAAGCUGAACUAGCAAGGAGUAACAAAAAAGUUAAAGACAUUCAUCAUGCAAACUUUAUGGAAGAUGAUGCUAACAGAGAGAAGGAGUUUUCAUGGGGUAAGGGCCAUGCAAAUCACCAGUUAUCUUUUAAAGAUAAACUUGUGGGUAAGCUCCCUGGGGCAUAUCGACGAGCCUUUGAUCUUAUGGACCAGAUGGAGGCAUCCCCUGAGGUUGAACUUGAUAUCGCCGGCUUUAGAAAGGGACUUGUUGCAGUGAGAUUAUCUGAUGAGUUGAAGCAAAAAAUCAGGGCCCCAUGGGAAAGAGCGUUGAUUGUUAAGGUUUAUGGGAGAACGGUGGGAUUUAAUUUCUUACAACAAAAAAUCUCUACCUUAUGGAAACCAAAGGGAAGACUUAACUGUGUGGAUCUCAGUAAGGAUUUUUUUCUAGUCAAAUUUUUGGCAUUGGACGAUUAUGAUUUAGUGCUAGACAAAGGUCCCUGGUUCAUCGGAGAGCACUUUCUCUCUAUAAGGCCUUGGGUUCCAAAUUUCAGACCAUGCUCUACCGAUGUAUUGUCUAUUACAGUUUGGGUAAGACUCAAUGAACUUCCUAUUGAAUACUACCAAGUGGAAGCAUUGAAGGAGAUUGGAAGAACCAUUGGGAAGGUUCUGAGGAUUGACACUCAUACUGCCUUGGAAGCAAGGGGUUAUUAUGCCCGAAUAUGUGUGCAGAUAGACGUGGAGAAGCCACUAGUCAUGGCUCUACUUAUCAGGAAUUUCAAACAAUCCGUUAUCUAUGAAGGAAUCCAAAAAUUGUGUUUUUCUUGUGGUCGAAUUGGACACUGGAAGGAGGACUGCCCUCACACUAUUUGA